AUGAAGGCCUCAAUAGUGGCCCUUGGUGCCGCAUGGGUUAUCAAGGCUGCUCCCUUUCCGGUGUCAUCUAUACCACCUGAACCGCUCGAGGCAGCAUCAGCCGAUACCAUUCCGCCGGCUUCUGCUGGCCCCAUCUCCUCUCCCCUUCCCUUUUAUCAGGGUGCGGAAGGAGAUGACGAGCUCGCCGACAGACUGUGCAAAGCCGGCGGCAGCGGUGUCUACUGCCACACCAAGACUCUCGUGAGACCAGGUCUCACAGUCUACCCAACCAGGCCCAUCGUCAUACCCAUUGCCCACACCAGAACCGUAGCUGCGUGGCAGCCAACAUCGGGAGCUGCCACAGUUUCCAGUCCUCACCCCUCGGCCGAACCAUCCGCCCAGCCUUCUUUGCAAAUCUCUCCCAUCGCUUCUCUGGUCUCCUCGCUUGUCUUUCCCCGGCCUUCACCUGAACCGAAGGUCGAGGUGGAAGUCAAGACUGAGGUGAAAACCGAGGUCAAGAGCGAGCUCGAGAUCGAAGUUGAGGAGGAGGUCCCGACUGAUGUCGAGACUGAUGCUGAGACCGAGGCCCAACAUGAGCUACAGGAUGAGCUAGAGGUGGGGGGGCAACAGGAGUUUGCCUCUGACUACCCCUCUGUCCGGGCCUCUGCUGCCAUUCCUUCUGUCCGGUCAGACCCUUUGCCUACACCGCAGCCAUCGCCCAAGCCAGAAGCCUCUGCCCCCAGUGCUCAGCCCAACCCGUCCACCGCUACAGAGGUUCCUUUCCCGGAGCCUUCUCCUGCCGGUGCGGAGUUUGACCUCGGCUGCCACCCGAACAGCAAAACACCAUGCAAUGCCUCCAAGAAGUGGGGUCACUCUGUUGAUGAAGGAAAUUACAAUGGCUAUGAUGGAGAGUCUGGCUUCAGACCCGGCAAGUCUCGGGGCGAUCUUGAAGACUGGGAAAGCGAAUGGACGGAUGAUGACUAUUUCGGCGGCGGUGGCGGCGGUGGUGCAGGCUUCGACUUCCCCGAUUAUAGUGAUUUUGAUGAUGAGAGGGGAGGAAAAGGCAACUUCCCUGGCGGCAACCUGGACAAGGACAACAAUUUUGGCGGCAACCAGCAUGACAACAACCACGGUGACAACAACCAUGAUGACAACAACCACGAUGAUAAACAUCACAAGCACAAGGACCACAAGCACAAGGACCACAAGCACGACAAGCACGACAAGCAUGACAAGCACGACAAGCAUGACAAGCACGACAAGCAUGAUAAGCACAAGGAUAAGCAUCAUGAUGAGGACAAAGAUGAAAAGAGUCCAUUCUCAGGUAUUCCUCAUCUUCCAGGCGGCAAUAACGACAAGCACGACGAUCACAAGCACGAUGAUCACAAGCACGACAAUAAGCACGACCACAAGCACCAUGACAACAAGCACCAUGACAACAAGCACCAUGAUAACAAGCACCAUGACAACAAGCAUGACAAGCACAAUAAACACAAGCAUGACCACAAGCACGAUGACCACAAGCACGAUGACCACAAGCACGAUGACCACAAGCACGAUGACCACAAGCACGAUGACCACAAGCACGAUGACCACAAGCAUGACAACAAGCACGACAACAAAGACCAUAAUGGUGGGAAUCCUUUCCCCGGAUUCCCUGUUCCUGGUGGUCAGCACGGUCAUGGUGGACAAGACGGUCAUGGCGGACACGAUGGACAUGGUGGAGGAUUCCCCGGAGGUCACGGCAACGGCGGUCAUGGCUUCCCCCCCUAUGUGGUUUUGGAGGUCAUGAUCAUGACCGUUUUGAGGACGAGUCUGGACAUGAUGACUUCGGCCAUGGCCACAAUGGCAACAACCAUGGCAGCGACCCCAACCCUCUCUACCCUCCUCCUCGGGUGUCUCCCGAUCGUCUACCAGAUCAUGACGGCCGCCCUGACACCGGACCAUACGGCGUUCCGAUCCCUCCACCGCCUCCUGUGCCUGGCUUCGACAGAAACGGACAAAGCAACGGGUAUGGUGGCCAAGACGGAUCUGGGUUUGAUCGCGGUCACGGCCACAGCGGCAAUCUUGGUGAUGAUUAUCACAGAGCUCGAUGCCCUGAAGGCUAUUCUUGCCGCCCUGUUCAAUACUGCGACCGAAGGACUCCAUUCUGUGAAAUUGAUACUGACCGCUGCCCUCCGUUCCAAUCUUGCCAACCCAACUACCCCGAACACGCCCAUCCAUUCCCCCCGCGGGACGUCAACCUCAACACCACAGGCGGUUACCGGCCCCCGCCUCCUGUUCCCUGCGAGGGCGAACACUGCAGCCAUGUACCGCCGCCGUAUGUGCCUUGCCAUGGGGACAAUUGCCCUCCUCCCUAUGUUCCUUGCAGAGGAGCUGGUUGCCUUCCAUCUCCUCCGCCUUACGUGCCUUGGCGACAACUGCCCUCCUCCGCCGCCAGUUCACUGCGGUAAUGGGACAGACUGCGGGCCGUUCAUUCCUGCCCCUCCUGCUAAGCACUGCAAGGGAAGCAACUGUGAGGUGAAUACCCAGGGGCCCGCUAGCUGCGAUGACGAUGACGAUGACGAUGACUGCUGGGACACCUCGGACGACUCGGGCAGUGACAGUGACGGUGACUGCGAUUCCAGCUCCGGGUCUGACUGCGAUUCCAGCUCCGGGUCUGACUGUGAUUCCAGCUCCGGGUCUGACUGUGGUUCCAGCUCUGGGUCUGACUGCGACUCUAGCUUUGGGUCUGACUGCGAUGCAGAUUCGGAUUCAGACUGCGACUCCGGAAGCGAAUCCGACCACGAGCCCACCAAGUGUGUGAAGCCUCAACAGCCUCAGCAGCCCCAGCAGCCUCAACAGCAGCCCCAACCUCAGCAGCCCCAACCUCAGCAGCUCCAACCUCAGCAACCUCAGCAACCUCAGCAACCUCAGCCUCCCAAACCCGAGUGCGAAGAGCAGCCCGAGUGCGGGAAGCCGCAACCUCCGGCCCAACCUCCCAAGGCAGAGAAUUCCCAACCUCCAGCACCCCAGGCUCCUCCUUAUGAGCACCCCAACUAUAUUCAGCCUCAACCUGCUCCUCAAGGGAAUGCUUCCAAUCCGCCACCGGCCCCUUGCUGCUCGGGCCCCAAGCCGGUUCUGGUCCCAGUCCCAGCACAUGUUCCGGAGUAUGAGUCUGACUCUGGCUCUGACUCUGGCUAUGACUGUGGCUCUUCCUCCGACUCUGGCUAUGACUGUGGCUCUUCCUCCGACUCUGGCUCCGACUCUUGCUCCGGCUCCGACUCUUGCUCCGGCUCCGACUCUGACUCGGAUAAUGAGGAUGACUAUUGGGCUCCCCCAGUUGCUCCGCACGAAGAGUGCCCCGAGGACGACGGUGGUCCGAGUGAUUGCGGCGGUGGCAACCCCCCUGCCCCUCCCAUUGAUGAUGGAGGCUAUGUUGAAGAGCAAAGCUACGUCCCGCCUCCUCCACCGGUCAUCGGCGGCCCCGGCCCUGUGAUCCCCUCUCCUCUGCCCGAGCCGGCCCAGCCUUACGAGGCCCCUCCUGCUCCUGCUCCUGCUCCUGCUCCUGCUCCUGCUCCUGCUCCUGCUCCUCCCCAUGAGCAACCCCCCGCGACACCAUCCGAUUCCGCCCCGCUACCAGUCUAUACUGCAGGAGCGGCGGUCAAUUUCCAGGCCAGCUUCGGCAUGGCUGGGUUCGUGGCUGUUGCCGUGGCAGCAAUCGGGCAGGUUUACUAG